AAAAAACGUGUUACGCACCGCACCUAUCUCUAUCUAUUGCAGGCGUUUGUAAUUUGUAUUCGUAGUAGCGCUACUUUUCGACGUGUAUUUUAAUAAAUAUACUUAGUGUAAUUAUCUAUUGAAAAUAUGAGGAAAGUAAUAUUUUUGUGUUUAUUAUCGCUAUCUCUGUGCCUCGGCAAACCCGCUGAUAAUCAAGGUGCAUCUGGUGUUCCAACCCCAUCACCAUCACCCAUACCAUCACAGCCUCAAGUACCAGUUAGUUCAAAUGUUCCUGUAGCUGCUAAUGCACCCAAAGAAAAUGGUUUAAUUCCUCCAGUUCCUACUAUUCCAACACCCAGUCCAACACCUAACCCCAAUAUCCAGGUAAAAUCAGAACAAGCUACGGCAAGUUCAGCUGCGCAAGCACCUGUGAAACCUGUAGAUCCCGCUCCUUUGAAACCUGCUGCGCCUGCCUCAGUCCCGACCACAGACAAUAAUAAAACUACAGAAAAAAAAGUAGAGAUCCCCCCUCAGGGCAAGCCUCAAGAAGCCCCAGCGAACAAAACAGAAGAAGUACCCAAAACCCCCAUUCCGGUAACAACAGUAAAACCUAGUGAACCCACAAAACCUACUGUAGCACCAAAGGACGAUGCUGCAGUUCAUCCCAUUGAAGCUCGAUCAGGAUUUGAUGGUCCUAGUUUCAUUGGAGGUAUCAUAUUGACAUUGGGACUCCUUGCUAUCGGCUUCAUGGGCUUCAAGUACUACAAAAAUCAAACUGAGAGAAACUACCACACUCUUUAAGUAAUGAUUUAUUUUUAAGUGCACCAAGCUAUUUUAAUUUGUUCAAUAUAUAGUAUUCUUGAGUUAUAAUGUAUUUGCUGCAAAGUUGUUAAUGCAUCAUUUUUUCUUUAUAAUUUUAAGUUUUCCUUUUUAAUACUUAAAUGAUGUAUAAAUUACAUAUAUUUAAAGAGAUAUAUUUUUGUUUUCUGAUUCUACAAAGAAAAGUUUAAAGAAUCAACUUCAUGGCAGCGCAACAAUACUCAAUUUUAAUUUCUGGGUGAGAUUUGAUUAAGUUUUUUUGGUUAAUUUUAAGUGCACUUUUAUGUAUAUCGAAAAAUUCUAUAACAGGGUUUUAUUGCAUGUAGGUAAAUUUCUUACAUAAAGAUUGUGUAAUAUUGUAAUAUUAUGGUGGCUGGUUAUUAUUUUUAUAACAUGUCCGAAUUUAUAUACGAGAUCUGUAUGAGCCACUUAUCUAUAGUAUAGUUUUAUGUUACAUUCAUAAUUUAGUAUCUAAUUUUAAAUUGUCUUCUUAACAUUAAAUUAAAAAUGUGUGUAUAUGUCGCCUUUUCUAAGAUCUGAAAAUUUGCUUAACUGAUAUUCCAAUGUAAUAUGGUGUGUUGAAUUUAUUAUAGAGUUUUAAAAUUUAUAAAUAUAUAUAUUUAUAAAUGUUGAGAAUUUCGAGUGCAAUUAAGCCUUAGGCAAUUUUAUUCUUGUGUUAUCCUGUGCCAUUCACUCCUCAACCACAAAUUAUUUGAUUCACGUCUUAUUCGAAAAAUUCGCCUAAGUAACUGCACUAACAUGUAUAUAGGUGUAAGUUUAUACUAAGUGGAAAAUGUGAUUACGAAAAUGAGGGUCUAAAUUUAAUCUAACCAAGGUUAGGUUAGAACUUUCUGUUCAGAAUCUCUGUAUUUCUCACAAAUAUUUGACUAGCUUUUUUAUUGAGUCUCAAAUAAAACAGUCGCCAAACUAUCCUGUCAAAUUAUUUACCCUUGUUUUAUACUGACGAAAGUUGAUUCCAUCCUAAAGUGCUCUUAAAUCUGAACUAUUUAUAUUAGAUUACUUGGACAUCUCUCAUGUCACAUUCAAUAGUUGUGUUUAAUAAAUGUUUAAACAAU